CUGCGCGGCAGCUGUGCGCAGACCGAUCAGGCCCGUGGAGAAACAUGCGGAUUGUUUUCAACCAAACAGGAAGUGAUCUGUUUUACUCGUACACACCUCGCGCUCUGUAGCCCUCGAAAUCAAUCCAGGAAGGGUUAUCGUCAGACAAAGUGCACCAUGGGAGGAGCAGUGCUUCCUCUGGUUAUAGCAAGUGUGGGAGUGUUGCUGCUGUUCCAGAUGCUUCUCCGCCUCAGACGGGGAGCAUCCGUCCAGGGUGCGGUCGUGGUCAUCACAGGAGCCAGUUCUGGGCUUGGAAGAGAGUGUGCACGAGUCUUCCACACUGCAGGCGCUCGGCUUGUGCUGUGUGGAAGAGACGCAGCUCGCCUGCAAGAGGUGGUGCAGGAGCUUAGGGGAAACUCAGCAGACGGCCAGCGCCAGACGUUCGCUCCCAGCACUGUUGUCUUCGACCUGGCCAAAGCAGACUCUGUGGGAAAAGCUGCCGAGGAGAUCCUAAAAUGUUAUGGACAUGUAGACGUCCUCAUUAAUAAUGCAGGAAUCAGUUACCGUGGCAACAUACUGGACACCCACAUGUCUGUUCAAAGAGAUGUUAUGGAAACCAAUUACUUUGGUCCCAUUUCUCUCACUCAAGCUCUCCUGCCCUCCAUGGUUCAGAGGCGCAGCGGCCACAUCGUUGUCAUCAGCAGCGUCCAGGGAAAGAUAGGCAUUCCUUACAGAUCUGCUUAUGCAGCAUCUAAGCAUGCCACUCAGGCCUACUUUGACUGCCUGCGGGCAGAGAUGGGACACCUGGGUAUCCCAGUAACGGUGAUCAGCCCCGGGUACAUCAGAACCAACCUGUCGGUCAACGCUGUAACUGGAGAUGGAUCCAUGUAUGGAGUUGUGGAUAAAACCACGGCGUCGGGUUGGGACCCCAGAGAUGUGGCACACGCGGUUCUGAAGGCCGUCCGUCUGAAGAGCAAAGACGUGGUUUUGGCCGGACCCCUGCCCACCGUGGCCAUCUAUCUCCGUACACUGUGGCCCACGCUCUUCUUCAAACUCAUGGGGUCGCGGGCUCGCAAAGAGCAGAAACACAAAGACGAGUGACGCAGCAGCUAAAAGGGAUUACGUACGAGUGAGUCGGGCCAAACUGGGACUCUGGACGCUCGAGGUCAAACGGAUUUAAAGUGGACAGAGUGAGCUCUUUGGUAAUUCUUCACACUGCUGGACCCGGUUCCGGGUCUCGCAGAAACCAGCGCGUUUUUUGCAUAUUGUGGGAUUACUGCUAAAAUGUUCUGGAACUGAUCAGGUGAGGCCGGCUGCUUCCUGCUAGAAAUGACGUCCAAGUAUGACCAGAAAUCUGUUUCAAUGUCAUUUGUAAAUGCCACAUCAUUAUUUAUCAUAAACAGAAGUAUUAGAGGCCAAAUUAAACAGGAGGUGAUGUGAUAUCAACUGCUUGCAGUUUUGUUAAAUGACUAAAUAAUCUGAUCACAAUGGAUAAAAAUCCUCCAUGUUUUGGUUCUGACCCCAUCCGCUUAGCUUUCAGGGAUUCGUUUUAAACAAAAGUCAUACUCUGUGUUUUUCAGACAUUUUCUCCUUAAGGGAAACACUGUUUAUCUCCAUUUCCUGUUUAACCACAAUAACGCAUUUUUCAGCCUCCUGCA